CUAUAUUUUCUCUUUCUUCUUUCUAAUUCGUCUCUAUAAAAGCCCAACUCUUCUCUGUCUUUCCUGUACUCAUCUCAUUUCAUCCAACUUUACAAUUAUAUAUAUCUCUCUCUCUUCUCUCUGUCUCUCUGAAAAUCCAUAUCUAUUUUUUUUAUAAAAAAAAAAAAAGAAAAGAAAAUAUGGAUGUUAAAGUAAAUAAUGGAGGGAGAUCAAGCUGUACUAACUCAUCUUCAUCAAACUCAUCUGUUCAAAGUGAGCAAGAAGAGAUGAACUCAGACCUUAGGAGAGGUCCAUGGACUGUUGAAGAAGACCUCACUCUCAUCAAUUACAUUGCUAAUAACGGUGAAGGUCGCUGGAACUCCCUUGCUCGCUGCGCAGGUCUGAAGAGAACUGGAAAGAGCUGUCGAUUAAGGUGGCUAAACUAUCUCCGUCCAGAUGUUCGACGUGGAAAUAUCACUCUCGAAGAACAACUCCUCAUCCUUGAGCUCCAUUCUCGCUGGGGAAACCGGUGGUCCAAAAUCGCUCAAAACUUGCCUGGAAGAACAGAUAACGAGAUCAAAAACUACUGGAGAACCCGAGUCCAAAAACAUGCCAAGCAGCUCAAAUGUGACGUGAACAGUAAGCAAUUCAAAGACACCAUGCGCUAUCUCUGGAUGCCAAGGCUGGUCGAGAGAAUUCAAGCCGCCGCCUCCUCCUCCACCGCCACCGCCACCACUGCCAGUACCACUACCACUGCUAAUACCGAUCACCACCACCACCAAUUCAAUAACAACAUGGCCAGUACUGCUUUUCUCAACCAGUCUCCACCACCACCGGGACAAGCCGCGGCGGCGGUAGUUAUGCCAAUGAAUAACGAUCACCACCACCAUCAAAGCUUUGGCGGCACUUACACGCCGGAGAACUCUAGCACUACGGCUGCUUCUUCUGACUCGUUUGGGACUCAGGUUUCGCCGGUGUCGGAGUUGACUACGGAGAAUAACUACUAUGUCCCGACAAUGGUGAAUAAUAAUCCGAAUAACCCUAAUGAUCACUACUUCCAAGCUGGUGAUUACAGUACUGAUUAUUAUCAUCAACAACAGCAACAGGCCAUGACUACUACUACUGAUCAUCAACAAUUAGGGUUUGAGCAUUACCAAGGUUCGUCGUUGGAGCAGAAUAAUAGUAUCAAUUACUACAACUGGAACACUACGACUACUGAUCUAGACCAAUGCAUGGACCCAUCUGAGAAUUUGUGGGAUGCUGAGGAUUUUUGGCUUCUUCAACAAGCGCAGCUCAACAUAAAUGGCAUUUAAUAUUUUUUCUUUUAAUUUAUUAUUUCUAAAAAAAAAACUUUAAUAAAUUAAUUAGAUGAAUAUAUAUAUAUGGAGGGGAAGGGAGUUAGUUAGUAGUGAUAUGAUCAUCUCGAUCGAUAAUCUUGAUGAUAUUUUUCAAUUUCAUUGUAGAAAAACAAAAUAUAUGAGAUGAUCAAUGGUAAAAAAAAAAUAUAUCUUAAGAUAGGUAUAUAAUAAUUAAUAUUAUUAUAUAAUUAGGAUAUAUAUAUAGGGGUAUAUAUAUGAGAAGGAAAGAGAUCCAAAACUGUGUGGAUUACUUUUAGUGCUACUACUCUUGUACUUUGUACUUUUUUUUUUCUUUUUUUUUUUUCCUAUUUUUGGGUGGGGAAAAAUUUAAUUUGUUUUCUUUAAUAUCUUUAUAAUGUAUUAUCUCAAUUCUUUGAAAA